AUGCCGCCCAAGAAGACGCGAGCUCAAGCUGAGGCGGGCUCCAGUCAACCUGCUGCAUCGCGGCCGCGCGAAACUCGCUCAGCAUCACGCGAGCCAGCGCCUGCACCAGAGACUCGACAGACCCGCGCUGGACGAAAGCGCCGCCUUAGCGAUGCAUCAAAUGCUUCGAGCGUCGCUACCCCAGGCACCACCCCUUCGAAGCGCCGCAAGCGCGUGAAGGUUCCGGCAGAGAAGGACCACGACAUGCUGGAAGAAGUGCCUGAAGUCAUGGAAGAAGAAGACGAGCUUGCCAUAGACACCGAAGCCGGCGCCGAGAUCGACCCUCCGGACACCGUUGAAAAGAGCGUGCGCUUCAGCGAAGCACUGGACGAAGACAUCGAAGAGAUGCAUGAGGGGGAUACCAGCAUCCACGUCAACUUCGACGAAAAGUUCACCGCCACACACAUGACUCCGCAUCCGCAUAGAGCGACUAUAAUCAAGCGCCGAAUCACGGCGUCUUCCUUGAUCGGUGGCAGCCAGGAGAGCGAGAGCAAGCGCAGCAAGCAUACCUCGACUCGGCACUCCCUGCCAUCUGUACUGUCCCAACAGCUUGGUGACUCCUAUACCUAUGUCGAGGAGCACGAGUUCGCUCCCUUGAGCGAAAUCUUGAAGGAACGGAUUCAGAAGCGAACCCGCAUCUAUCAACUGUAUGAAUUGCUGUCCGCUCAAAAGAAGCAAGGCAAUGAGGAGAAGGUCCAGACAAUCCAAACAGAGCUUGCAGGCCUGAUACAAAGCUACCGACAGACGUCCGCCGGCGAGGGCGCUGAAGAGGUCGACAUGUUUCUCGAUGAGGACAUGCCAGUCCUCGCUUCCCAGCGUGAAGUUGCCUAUCCAGAGCUACCAGUAGAGUCACAAGCAUUGGAGUUGGCGGCAUCUCCUGGUACCAGUCUGGCUGUCAGCGGGCGUCUUUCGCUAAGUCAAAGCCAGUUUCGAUCAAAGGAAGAACAGUGGGAUGAGGAGCGCAAGCGAUUCGCAGAUCAUAUCGAAAGCCUCAGUAACCAGGCAACCAAGGCUACAUCGAAGUUGAAAGUACUGGAGUGCGAAGUGAGCGGCUUGGGCUUUGGUCUGGAGGGUGUGGACACCUUGACUGUUCUCGCAAGCAUUCGCCAAUCUUUCAACGAGAUCCGCGAACGCAUGCAGAUCGUGCUUCCUGACUCACUUCCUGACAACGCGUCCAAUGAGGACAUUCUCGAGGUGACGGUGGCCAACGUCGAGGAGUUUGCAAAGCGUCUUCGAGUCGCAGAUCGAGAACUGCAGGAGAAGAUCAACUUCGCUGCAGAGCUAAGCAAUCAAGUGCAGGGACUGGUUGACCAUCUCGCUGACGCGCAAAUACGCUACAAUAACCUUCACGAGAAGUGGGGAGAGUUGGACAGAGCAAACGAAGAUAAGGAACGCGAGAAUGAAGAUAUCCUGGAAUCCUUGCAGCAGGCAGAAGAAGACCGCGACACCACUCGCGCCGAACUGGAGGCGAAGCAGGAGGAAUUCGACGUACUCAAAAACGAGAAUGUGGAUUUCGCCAAUAGCGUCGAUCGGUUGACUGCUUCGCUUCAGCACUAUCGCAAUGAGGAGACUCGCCUUCAGAAUCUGGUUUCCAAGAUGGAAGAGGAGCAUAAGGCAACCGUUGCGAAUAUGAACAAGGAGCGGGAAGAAACUGUACGUGAUCUUGAAGAUCGGUUGGAUACCCAAUAUCAGUCUCGCAAAAAAGCAGAAGAGAUGGUUCAGGAGCGUCAGCGCAUCAUCGAUGGACUCGAAAUUCGCGUGGACGAUCUUGAAUCUGAGAGAGACCAGCUUCGUCAGCAAUUGCUUGCAAUGACAGAUGAACGUGACGAGCAGCGGGAUGCUUGCGAGGCUGCUGAAGCAGAUUUGCAGCAGAAAGACGACCACAUUCAGGAUCUCGAGACACGCGUGAAUCGUCUGGAAAAGGAGCUUAGUGAGCUCCACGGGCAGAUAGAAGAGCUCCGCGGAUUUAACGAGACUGAGCGCAGCGAGCGUCAAGCACUCGAGACCGAGUUGGACGAACGCUGUGCCGAGCUAGAGGAGACGAAUGAGAAGCUUCGCGAGAAGGGCACCGAGGCAAAUGAAUUGCGCCAGAAGCUUUUCGAGAUCCAGCAGCGGAAGGAAAAAGAGAUCAAGGAGUUGGAGGAGAAGGCUUCUGAACGAGAUGAGCAGUAUCAGCAGGAUAUUGCCGAGGAGGUGGAGCGACGUGAAGAGGCCGAAGAGCGUUCUCAGCAACAUACUCGCACUAUCGAUGAGUUGGAGGCGCGCCUAGAAGAAGUAGAAGAUGACAUGCGCACUCAGCUGGCAGAGCGGGAUCAGCGCAUCUCAGACCUCGAGGACACACUGGCUGAGAAGAAUUCUGAACUCGAGGAACUGCGCGACAACCUCGAGGCUGCUCAGGCUGAGAGUGAUGAGCACGCUGCUCAAAAAGCCCAGCAGAAAGAGGAGGCCGAGGCUCGUAUACACGAGCUGGAAGCCUCGAUUGCGGAGCGUGAGAGUGAGAUUCGCAACAUGCAGACCGAAGCCGAAGAUGCAGCGUCGCUUCACGACUCAGAGAUCGAAGAUCGAGACCGUCGCAUCGCCGAAUUCAACCACGACGUUACUCGACUGCAAGAUGAGGUUGCCCAGCUUCAGAAACACAAAGCCAGCCUUGAACAACGUGUGACCGAGGAAGCGGAGCAAUUCCUGGGCUUCCAGGGCGAGAAGUUCGCGGAGAUCGAAUCUCUCAAAGCCGCUCUCGAGGAGAAGCAGCAUAAGAUCGAAGUCGUCGUUGAAAAGAACGAGACGGCCGAGCGAGUAUGGCAAGAGAACUUGGAGGCCAAGGACGAGGAGAUUACGUCUCUGCAUCGGGAGGUGGACGAGAAUUACAGCACCAUUUCGUCACUGCGAACCAAUAUGGCGUCGAUCAAGCAUCUCUUCGAGGCCUUCGUUGAGAAAGCCAAUGCCAAGAUGGCGGAGAUACACGAGGAGCGUCGUGCUGAGUUGCAAAAGAUUCACGUGGAUUCUCAGGAGCUUCAGACGGACGGCUUUGAUGCGUUGCGGCAAUUGGAUGAUCUGGCAGCGUGGGAGGGCGAACUGCAGACCGAGCAUACCGCCAUUACAACUACCAAGCUCGAGAAGUCACAGGCGAUUGCAUCGCAGUCACGGCGUAAGACGCGAGGUCGGAAGAAGCGCGUGAUGGAUUCCGGCGUGGGCAUGGACGAGACGAUGAUAAGUGACUCCAUGCUUCAGGAGUAG